AUGGGAAGUGUCACACUUCGCUAUUUCUGCUAUGGGUGCCUUUUCACAUCCGUGACCUGGACACUGCUGCUCUUUGUUUAUUUCAACUUCAGUGAAGAGAACCAAUCCUUCAAGAAUGUGCCCAUCAAGGGGCUGGAACCUCAGAGGCCAUUUCCAAAAAAAUUCUACCCUCGUUUUACACGGGGGCCAGUUCAUAUACCUGAAUUGCAACAGAAAGAGAGUAAGAUAGGAAAUCCUAUUGGAAAUCAUGUCCAGGAUCCAGUUAAGGGGGAGGUAGAAUUCUCUCCUGAAAUGGGGAUGAUUUUUAAUGAAGAAGAUCAGGAAGUGAGAGACUUGGGCUAUCAGAAGCAUGCUUUCAAUAUGCUUAUCAGUAAUCGACUGGGAUACCACAGGGAGGUGCCUGAUACAAGAGAUGCAAAAUGUAGAGAGAAGUCCUACCCUUCUGAUCUACCAUCUGCCAGUGUUAUUAUCUGUUUCUACAAUGAAGCACUUUCUGCCUUGCUUCGCACAGUACAUAGUGUCCUGGAUCGCACUCCUGCACACCUUCUUCAUGAAAUUAUUUUGGUGGAUGACAACAGUGAAUUGG